AUGCUGGAACGUUGGAUCGGGCUUGGCAUCACCAUCGUUCUCAUUCUGGGCUGUAGCCUCGUGAUGCUGUUGCACCUGCACAUCCCUGUGUUGAGUGCCUCGCCGUCCAUCGUGGAUGUUCUCCUCACUACGCUGUUUCUGCUGGCGCUAACUAUGACACUGCUGUCGCUGUUUGCCGUUGCCGCCGUUGACCCGGGGACGGUGCCACGGUGGUUUGGUGAGGCCCGCAUUGAGGAGUUUGUGCGCGAGGUGCUGGCGGAGGUCGUGCGGCAGGGCGGCGCAAAGGCGACAGAUAAAGCCAGUGCAACAGGCAACGACAUGGACAGUGGCAGCGGCAGUGGGAUGGGAAGAGCUAGCCAGGGCCUUGCAAGACAGCAACAGGUGUGGCUGGCGGAGAAUGCGCAAAAUGCCAACCAAGCACUCGAAGCGGCGCAGGAAAUGCGAAUGGGACAUGGUAGAAAUGAUGGCGUCAGCAAUGUGCCGAUCUCCGUUGAGGUUGCAGAGGAUGCCGAUGAUGAUGAUGAUGUUUUGGUUGUGGAACGUCAGCAACAGAGACAAACGCUGGCGGGAGGCUUAGUUCGAAAUCGUCGUCGUGAGAGGCAGGACGACUCGAAGGAGCUGUGGAUGCCGCACAGGAAUGUGUUCCUGGUGGCCGCCGACGCUCUUGUCGCACUGAACCGCUCUCCCGAAAGCUUCGAGCAGGAAGUGUCGUUCCUGCUUGGCGGCGCCCGCCGCUGCCGCUUCUGCCGCCUCUACAAACUAAUGGAGACACACCACUGCUCGCGCUGCCGUCGCUGCGUGUACCAGAUGGAUCACCACUGCCCGUGGAUCGGCCAAUGCGUGGGCCACGACAACCACAAAUACUUCCUCCUGUUUAUCGCCUACCUUACCGUCACCGCGGGUGUGGCAACGCUGCACGUUGUGGUUACGGCGCGGGCUGGGCGCGUGAAUCUCGUUGCUGAGAGUUUAUCGCCCUUGUUCCUCUUUUCGCUCAUCCUGGCCGGCUCAUUCGCGCUGGUGCUAUUCGCCUUUUUCGUGCAGGACAUCUGGAACCUGGGGAGGGGACAGUCAACGCUGGAAUUGCUGCGGCGCGAGGAGCGAGGCAUCCGGGCGCAGCGGCGUCGUGGGCCGUACGCGAUGCUGCUGGAGGACGAAGAUGAGAGCGGAUCAGGGAUGCGCCGCUGCAGUUCUCGGAAUUUUCGCCGCGUGUAUGGUGGCGGCGCGGUGCUGCCGUGGUGGUUCCUGCCAGUGCCCCCACAGCACCCGUCGCCGCGGGAGCAGGAGGAGGCGUUCUGGGCCACACACCGCGCACUGCUGCUGCACCAGCUGCGCGCAAUUGCGGACGCGGAGCAGGAAGGGGGCGGCGGCGAGGAGGAGGAGGAGGAGGGGGAAGCAUAA